AUGCAACGAAUAUCUGUAAGAAGACAACAACUAGAUAAUCAAAAUAGCAAACGAUGGUCGACAUCGCUAAUUGAUAAUAAUGAUCAAGAAGAACAAAUAUCAUGUCAAUCACCAUGUUUAACAUUACUUACUAAUAAACUUGGAAUACCACAAGAGAAAGCAGAACGAGCAUGUGUAGCAACUGGUUUUCGUUCAGUACAAGCUGCUACUGAUUGGCUUCUUCAAAGAAAAGAUGAUGAUAGAUUAAUUCAAACUGAAUUUAUUAUUGUUCUUUGUCCUGAUGAACAUCUUAAUGAACAAAUUCGAACAUUUACUGGUGAAAUAUUUCGUUAUCUUGCCCAAGGAUCUUUAUUAAACGAUCGUCAAUAUUUACGUGCUUUUAAGUUAUCUAGUUUUUUUCAUGUACCUGACCGACAUGUUUAUACAUUACAUAAAGUAUUUGAUUCUGUUAUUGAACAAUAUCAUAAAUUAGUUAAACAAUUAUUACAUGUUGUUUUAUAUACAACAAAUGAUUAUCUUAUGCUUAUGCCUGAUAUUGAAAGUAAAAAAGUUGUUCAAACUAUUUUUGAUAUGAUUAAAAAAGAAUUUGAAUUGAUAGUACCAAAUGUUUCCAUAAUGCCAGCAAAAAAAGUAACUCAUUUAACUCUUACUCAUGGUUUAUCAUCUUUAUUUAAUCUUUCAAUUGAUCAACGAACAUCAUUAAUACAACUUGCACAACUUUGUAUUGAAUUAGAUCGUCCUAUUAAUUGGAAUCUUCGAUUAUAUUCGCGUGAAAGGUCUUCUAUGAAUGAAAUUGUAUAUCGUGUUGCUUCAUCAACAAAAGAUACAACUAUUAACAAAUGUCUUUUAUUAAAAGCAAAUGAUCUGUUUAUGGUACUUGAUAAUGGUCGAAUAGGCGAACAAGAAAAUGUCUUUGGUGAGUAA